CUCGAAUCAACCUCGGAUACUUCUCGUCAAAAAUAAGUUCUCGUAUCCACUUGUGGGCCCCAAGUUCCUUUGAAAUGCUCUGGAGGGAAUAUGCGUGCUCCGACAUUGAUCGCCGAGUCGCGGGAGUUCGUGACGACGGUCAUUGUCGUCAACGUAUCUUUCUUCUCAGCUUUGCGACAAAAGGCUCCUUGUUUCUAUGAUCGCAAUCCUACAAUGUUGAAGGCAUCCCUUGGAAGUCAAAGGCCGACAGAGAUCACGAUCAUCAUGAACAGGGUAUAAACAGAUGCGAGGCAAGUGUUCUGUAUGCCCUUUCCCCAUUUCAUUCUGUGGCGCUCUGUUGCUAUCAUCGCAAUCCAAGAGUACUCGCGCGGUUGCUCUUCAUCGUUGUCAAGUCUUAUGGGGGCGGAAAGCUAUCAACAUUGGUGUAAGGAGUGGUAUAUAUGAGGCUAGCGAGACGUUAGUGCGGAGCCUAUCUGAAUCUGUGCAGUGA